CUCAUUAUUAUACUCAGUCUAAUUACUACACUACUGCAAGAAGGUGAUGCUUAUUCAUCAGGAGCUCCACCUGAAGCCUGUUCUACCUUACAGCCAAACCAUGAUGGAGCUUCAUCACGACCAGUAGAAACAAACUCAUUUGAGUUUACUAUUGAACAAUUUCUUGCUCCAAGCGGUGUGUAUCAAUAUGUGCCUGGAGUUACUUACACAGUAAAACUACAAGCAAACAACAAUUCCAAUUUAAGUUUCAAAGGCUUUCAAAUUCAGGCAAGAAAGGUCAGGUUUCCUGACAAUGUUACUGGAAUUUUUCAAUCCUCAAACACCAACGAGUAUGGUUUUCAAAACUGUGAUCAAGCUCAGUACCCCCUAGGCAGUGCAGUUACUCAUGUGAAUGGGAGCAGUAAAACGAACGUUACAUUUGAAUGGACAGCUCCCCCAAAAGGCUCAGGUCCAGUAUACUUUGUAUACACAGUGGUACAGUCAAUGCAAAUCUUUUGGGCUGAUUUGAAAACUACUGAAAUAAAUGAACAUCCCUGUGAACCACCGGAAUACUUAUUGACAGUUCACUGCACGGACAUGUGUCCCUUUGGUUCCUAUGGAGAUCAUACAACAGCAACUUGCCAACAAUGGCCAGCAUCAUCUACACUGGUAACUAAUGCCACAGCCUAUUAUUUGACUCUCGAUGAGGCUGAUGUUGUAGUUGAUAGAGGAGUAUUGAAUUACACAGUGAUAGUGAAUGAAACAGCUUUUGAUAGCAUUUUGGGUAUAUUUUUGACAAUGUCGCAAACCGAAACAAUUCAGAAUAUAUUUAGAUAUGACAGUGGUUCUAGAGAAAAGAAUUAUCAGGGUUCAUCACUUGCAAGUUUAGACAGACAAAACAAUUUCAUUGUAAUUCAAGAACAGAUCUUUCUUCGUGAUACAAUUCCUGUUCAACUGUUCAGUGACAAUUUGGCCAUUUUCAGUCUAAAUCUGAAUGCAGUGGUAUUUGGGAGUCUAGCAGACAGUAUGGAGGUACCCACGGAUAUUGAUACUUCUUUGUUUGUUACAAUCACUGGGACGCCAGGCCCAUGUCAAGAUAUCAACUGCUUCAAUGGAGGAAUUUGCAGAGCACUAAACACAAGUGGAGAACUCAAUUUCACAUGUGACUGUCAUCUGGCAUACACAGGUCAAUUCUGUGAGACAUUAUUCGACCCAUGUGCUCUAAACCGUUGCCUUAAUGAUUCCUCGUGUGAGAACAUUGGCACUACAAACUACACGUGCAACUGCACGAUCGACUUCACUGGUGAGAAUUGUGAGAUUGAAAUAGAUCAAUGUGCCUUAAACCAAGGAGUCUGUAACAAUGGCACGUGUAUUGAUGGAUUUGGUAUUUUCUCUUGUGAUUGUAGAGAUCGCUAGUCCCAGCUGUCUUCUAGAAUGGAGUGUGUAUAGAUGACAUC